CCCCUAAAAUGGUUAGGGUUUCUUUGAAUUAUGAAGAUGGUAGCAAAAUAAUGCUCUCCUCAAUCACUCCCAAUGUUUCUUCCUUUUCUCUGACGAAAUGGCAAUCAUCGUCCCCAAACGCCUCUUCACCCUCCGCGCCGCUUAUUCCCUAAUUCCAUUCACGCGGCCACAAACUUCUCUCCCCCUCACGCGACCCCUACUCCACGCGCGCCCGUCCUCCACCCAGCCAUCGAGAACCCCGUCGGAGAAACAAUUCGAGACGUGGGUGCAGGCCCUGAAACCGGGCUUCACCCCCUUCGACGUUGCCGAGGCCCUGCAGGCCCAAUCAGACCCGGACCUGGCCCUCGAUAUCUUCCGCUGGACCGCGCAGCAGCGCAACUACAAGCACACUAGCCAAACCUACCUCCUCAUCAUCAAACACCUAAUCGCCGGCCGCCGCUACCGCCACGCCGAAACCCUGAUAGAGGAGGUCAUUGCUGGCGCCUGCCACGACGUCUCCGUCCCUCUCUACAACUCUAUCAUUCGAUUCUGCUGCGGUCGCAAAUUCCUCUUCAAUCGCGCCUUCGAUGUCUACAAGAAGAUGCUUAAUUCCAACGAUUGUAAACCUGACCUCGAAACCUAUUCCCUUUUGUUCAACUCGCUGCUUCGGAGGUUCAAUAAGUUGCAUGUUUGUUACGUGUAUCUGCACGCAGUUAGGUCUUUGACUAAGCAAAUGAAGGCUUCUGGUGUUAUUCCUGAUACCUUUGUAUUGAACAUGAUCAUCAAGGCUUAUGCCAUGUGCUUGGAGGUGGAUGAGGCGGUUCGGGUUUUUCGCGAAAUGGGGUUGUAUGGCUGUGAGCCUAACGCUUAUAGUUAUGGCUACCUUGCCAAGGGGUUGUGUGAGAAAGGGAGGGUGAGUCAGGGUUUGGAGUUUUAUAGGGAGAUGAGAGUGAAGGGUCUUGUGCCUAGUACCAGUACUUACGUGAUAAUCGUGUGUAGUCUUGCGAUGGAGCGAAGGUUUGAGGACGCCAUUGAGGUUGUGUUUGAUAUGUUGGGGCAGUCUAGGUCCCCUGAUCAUCUCACUUACAAGACUGUUUUGGAAGGGUUGUGUCGGGAGGGAAGGGUCGAUGAUGCUUUUGAACUGCUUGAUGAAUGGAAGAAGAGGGAUGCUUCCAUGGGUGAGAAGAUGUACGUGAGUUUGUUGGACGGGUUGCAUUUUUCGUGCCGGGAGUAGGUUUUGUGCUAAUGCCUUUACUUGAGAUAAAUAAUUGUAUUUGCUUGGAGAAUUGCUCUCAACAUCUUUUGGACUAAUUUAACUUGCAAUGUGAAUGGAGGGGGCACCUGAGUAGGUGUUAGUUCUAUAAACACUGAUAUUGAUGAUAAGGUGGCGCAAGCUUCUUUUAUGAUAAAAUGUUGCUUCUGAGCACGCUGAAUGGACUAGACCACGGCCUUGUAAAUCCUGAGGUUCAAUUUCCACCUAAUGUUGUUGUUAUGCAAUCAUGCAGAAGUUGUUCGUGGGUAGUUUGCCGUAGCGGAUGAGUAUCUUAUGGUAUUUUGCAAAAAAACCAAAGCUACCCGAGAUUCAUCUGAUUGUUCUUUGUUGCUAACUUCUUUCCCUUAGUUCAUCAUUUUGUUUUCUCCAAUAAUUAAUCUUCAAUAGAUGUUAGCUAAAAGUUUUACAGUUGCUAGCAUUUGUCUGUAUUAGUUACAGAUAUUUAUUUUGUAGUCCUAAUUCCCCUUAGCAAGCCUACUGGUCUUGAUGGCAUAAGGGGAGAAAUUACAUUGAUCUUCUGUAUUAAAUUGAACAAAAUUGAUAAGAAUAUGUGUUAUUGUAUUUC